CGAUCAUCAGUGUAGUAGCCGUGAACUCACCCUGCAACUCUUGCCAGCCAUGACACACCUUGUGGGAGUUGUGAACCGGGAUUCUAGCCAUCACACUCAGGGACUACGCUCUGCUCUUAAUUAUACUAGGAUUUUACUGGCCAGAACCUGAAAAUCGUGGACGCCGCGUUCGGCAUGAGGUGGCCCGCCCCGCUCCCAGCUGUGACGCUCAAUACCUAAAGUACGUCCACCAUGCUGGCAAUGGAACUCGUAGACGCCCGCAACCCGAUCGUCCAGUUCCCGGUCAGCCUUGACGCAGCCCAUCACUGCGCGGGGUCCUGGGUCACACACACCCCCCGCAAUGUUGUCGCUGGCCACGAGGCAAUAAAAUGUAUCAAAUUACAAUAACUAAGUGAAAGGAUUGCAAGAAAUCCAGGGAAUGAGGGUGUGUGAGCCGCCCCCGGCUGCCCCCUCUUUUCUUAUAAGUUCGGAGCUGGCGUGAAAUGGCAAUGUAGACAACAUCAAAUUUUAUACGCUUAGCCUGCAUUCGAGAGCCCGAGGCGCAUGUUAAAUUCUGAAAUUCAACCGUCGCGAUCGGGGUUGAUUUCGAUUCUGCCUAGCUGCCUAUAAAAUGGCGGUGCGUGCUGUGAUUAUUAUAGUGCAGUUUCCUACUGCCGCCGCGCAUUCUGGCGUAGCGCGCUAGCAUCGCCGCAACCGAGAGUCCCAGCGCUCCGCUGAGCAACGCGCCGCUGAAACAGGAGCUGAAAUCGAAUCGCAUAGUGCCCUGCACAAUGGCGGAGGAAGCGCCGAAAGAUAUUGAGAGUGGCGCGGCACCCAAGGCCGACGUGCCCGACAUCAAUUCCUUCCCAGGCGAUGACCUUGCGGCGAAGAUUGCUGCCGCUGCCGACAGUGCCCCGGUCGUCAUCUUUGGCAAGGUGCACUGCCCCUUCAGCAUUGAGGCGCGCCGCCUGUUUGCCCAGCUAGGUGUGCCGACGCUGGACUACGAUGUUGACGCCAUGCCCCAUGGCGGCGACGUGUGGGACGCCCUGAAGAAGAUGCACGCACCACAGAAAACCGUCCCGUACGUGUACGUCAACAAGGUGAUGGUGGGCGGCUGUGACGCGACCAAGCGCCUGCACUCGGACGGCGAGCUGGUCAAGAUUCUGCACGCCGCGGGCGUCAAGGUGGCGGUCGCCGCGGCCACUGACAUGGACGCCCGCCUGGGCCGCUCGGGUGUGCUUGAGUCUGGCUCCUCGGCUGGUGGCACGCUGUUCCACUUCCCCGAGGCCGUGGACAACCGCGUCGUGCGCCUGAACGGCUUCUGGUCGUUUGUGAUCUGCCUGCUGGUGGCAAUCUACUACAAGGAGCGCGGCGCGCACUGGGUCAUGGGCGGCCUCAUGGUGGAGUAUGUGGCCCGCUUCAUCGGUGGGAGCAACGCCUCAGCCCUGGGCGCGUUCUCGGCCCUAAUCACCUCGUUCGCUGAUGUGCUCUUCAUCCUGGGUGUCGCCAACUUCAAGCCCAAGUUUGCGGCCGGCCCGCCCAAGCAGUUUGCCGCGCUGUGCGGUGUCAUGUUCAGCACUCUGGCGUUCUUCUUCUACCUGAUGCACGUGCACGAGGAGAAGCUCAACAUCGUGGGCCUGUCCUUCACCUGCGCCCUUGGCGCCGCCGCACUCAUGGAGUCGGCCAUCGACUUCUGCCUGGGCUGCUGGAUGUUUGGCCUGAUGAUCAAGUUCGGGCUGGUCAAGGACUCCGUGUACCAGACCUUCAUCAACUCCAAGGUCGAGAUUGAGUACACUUGGGAGGACACACACAAGCGCCUGGAUGAGGGCGACCCCAAGCUGCUGGUGAAGCGGUUCAGCGAUGCGCACCCGCUGGUGGUGGACUACAAGUACAAGACUAAGACCGAUGACAUGACCAAGGAGGACUUCCACCCCGUCAAGCACGUCAAGCUGACCCACUUUGUGAUGCACCUGGGUAUCGUUGGCGUGGCGUGUGCCUGGAAGGCGGCCGACCCCACCAACGGCGGCAUUUCGGCUCCCGCCGCUGUCUACUACACCAUCUCGGUGUGGGCUGCCAUCUGGUACUUCAUUUGGGUUGUACUCUAUGUGUUCAAGAUCUUCUUGUACCCCAAGAAGGUUGCCAAGGAGCUUGCCCACAACGUCAACGGUAGCUGCCUGUCCCUGCCGUUUGUGAUUCUGGUGCUGUUCGCCUUCAUUGAGAAGGACCGCGACCCAGUCUUUGCUACGGUGCUGUUCUGGAUCGGCGCGCCCACCUCGCUGCUCCUGUCCAUCAUCUGGGUGGGCAGCUGGGUCGCGCUGAAGAAGGAGAUCGAGCACGUAAACGCCUCGUGGAUGCUCAUGCCCGUGGCCAACUUCGUGUCCGCCGCUGUUGGCCCUAUGCUGGACACACACUACCGCGACGCGAUGCAGUUCUGGUUCGCAUUCGCCAUCCUGAUGUGGGUGGCGCUGUUCACCAUCACUCUGUACAAGACCAUCGUGAUGCCCGAGUACGAUGACCGCGUGCGCCCGCUGAUUGCGGUGUGGGUGGCGGCACCCGCCAUCGGUGCCAUCGCCUACCUGGCCUGCUACGGCCCCAGCUGGAUCAUCGACAACCACGCCGUCAGCUACAUGCCCGGAAUGAAGGACGACUUCAUCUUCAUCAACAUGUACUGGAUGUCGGUGGUCCUGGCGCUGGUGCUGGGCGUGUGCCUGAUGCGCCCCUACCUGGGCCGCCUGCGCUUCGACAUGUCGUACUGGGCCUGCUCCUUCCCGCUGGCUGCCAUGAGCAUGUGCGCCACCGUCUACUACCUGAUCAAGCCCGGCAAUCUGUCCGAGGCCAUCGCCUACGCCUGCCUGUUCGCCUGCAGCUGGGUGACCUCCAUGCUGGCGCUGCAGACGCUGGGCGCCCUGGUGCGCCUCCAGGUGUUUGUGCCCGACUACAAGUGGGGCCCCAUGUCCUUCAUGCGCCUCACGCACGAGGCGCUGCGCGGUGUGCUGCCCAAGCUGCUGGACCUGGCCAAGGACGCGGGCAAUGCGGACAGCCGCGAGGCGCUGCGCUCGCUGUGGGUGGCCGUCAAGAUGGCGCACAUGGAGCACGGGCGCCACGAGGACACGGUCAUCUUCCCCGUCUACAAUGAAUUCUUCCCCCACAUCACCUCCGAGGCCGACCACCAGCACCACAACCUGGAUGCCGCUGUCGCCAAGAUCACCGACCUCAUCGCCUCCAACGCGCCCGCCUCCGAGCUCACGCCCGUCAUUGAGGCGUACGGCAAGGCCCUUGACGAGCACCUGCGCUGGGAGGAGGACCACCUGCAGACCAUGCCCCGCAAGUAUGUGCCUCUGGAGCUGAGCAAGCAGAUCGUGCGCAAGUGCUGGGCCGCCACCCACCCCGAGACCUGGCACAUCCUGCUGCCGCUGCUGGUGGAGUCCAUGCCCAUGCUGCACCAGCGCGUGCGCUUCAUCAAGACCCUGCUGUGGGCCAUGCCGGAGCGCUGCCACCACUUCGGCCUCAUCCUGUCCAAGGGCGUCAAUGCGGUGGAGUGGCGCCGCAUCAGCACCGAGCUGCCCGAGCUGGUGCCGCGCGGUGUCAACAUCCUGUGGGAGCGCUACUACUAAGCACUGUAAGCAGCAGCACCGUCACGAACAGGGACACAUACGUCAAUUCGAUACAGCUUCUGCCAUUCUUCUUCGGUUAUUGUUGUGUUUAUGCGCAUGCGCCUGCAUCCUGAUGUGCACGUGCACCUUGCGCCGGAGCCUGCGACGGGGCAGCGCAGAGUGGGUGGCAACGACGCGGGAAGGAAAGUAGCGGUGGCGGCGAGGGCUGCCGCUUACACAGAUAAGGCAAUAACGCCAAUCCCUUGUUCGUAUGCUCGAGUAAUAAGGUGUGAAGGAAUGGGCGACUGUGGGAGGAAGGCCUGACGGCGCGUAAGUCCCUACUCUAAGGGUAGCCCCAGCUCGUCAUAAAGUCCUUUUACGGCGUUCCUGCUAGAUUGGUAUCGAGCAUUCAGGUUCUCUGAACUCGUUUGGGUGUCGCCAGCAUUGCUUGGUGACUGCGCUUGACCCGCACGGCGAGAUGAGCUUUCGGCAAGUAAGACGGGUGCUGAACAGCGUGAGCAAUGAGGAAGGGGAACUUGUUUGUGUAUGCACGUGAUGGAACAUGGCAAGGGGCAGGAAAGCGUAGUCCCGAUGUGUGUGGCUCCCACCCGUGCCCACAUAAAUGCGUAGCAAGAAGGGACAAGGCAUUGGUGCGUCGUUCGCGCGCUGUUACUGUACCGACGGUAGCUGGCAGGUUGUGUCGAUGUUUUGCUGACGCACAUGUUUGUGUAUGCAGUACACAUAGACAGUAUUAAGGCCGGUUAGGCCUGGUGAUGCGCCACCACUGAAGCCCCGCCAGCUAAUCUGGGCUUGUUGUGCUCGUCGAUUACUUGGUUAUUGCCGUACUUCGGAUGUUACCGUACUGUUGUCCAUGCAGCUGUGAAAUAAUGCCAACGCAAUGUAGAUAAGGCUUACCCGUACAGUUGAGUCCAGUACGUGUGCGCGCUGUAAUUUAUCGACACG